GAGACUUGUAUUUGUGGAGGGAAUGCGUAUAAAUAGUCCUGAAAUACAUCGCUAAUAGUUAUAUUGGACCGAAAAGCGCAUAGAGAGAGAGAGAGAGAAAACGUUCAAUAAAUAAAACUACGCCUGCAAGUUUAUACCAAUAGUCAAAAUGUCUUCUGGAGUUCAAGUACUAGAGGAAUGCCUGACAGCCUAUAAUGACAUCAAAAUGAAUAAAAAAUAUGUCUAUGUCAUCUUUAAAAUCGUAGACCAUAAUGGCAAGGCGCUCUCCGCGAUUGGUGUAGAUCGUACUAGAUGCAGUACUGGCCAAAAAGAUCAGGAAGAACAAGAUAAGGCCUAUCAAGAAUUCCUUGAUUACUUAAGAGAUACAGAAGAAAAAAGAGAGUGCUGUUACGCUCUUUUUGACUAUGGGUACAUGCAGGAAAAUUCAACGUGGAAGAGCUCUACUAUUUUUUUCAGCUGGAGUCCUGAGAAAGCUAUAAUUAAACAGAAGAUGUUGUAUGCAGCCAGCGUCAAAGAUUUCCUUGCAAAGUUGCAAGGGAUUGACAAGAGCAUUCAAGCCAACUCAAUGGAUGAUGUGGCCGAAUCUACAGUAAAAGCCAAGUGUUUGAAGUCAUCACGUGCCACCUAAAGGCAGACUGAUAUGAAGACAACCUUUUGGAAGAAAGAAGAACAAAUAUCGGUUUUAUAAUGAAACGAAGGAUAAUGAUUUUUACACGUACCAGGAAAGAUUAAAAUCAGUAGAGACCAUGUGCAGUUUUUUUUCUUUAUUUGCCUUAUUAAUUUUAAUUAAAAUAUCAUUUUUAUUAACUGAAAAUUACAGUUGGAUGCCUUGACCUGCCUUAAAAUAAAGUGGUGUUACCAAUUUCUUAAUCUUGAACAAAUUUGACUAUGUGUAAGGGACAUCAUAAUUUGUCUGGUAAAAAAAUAAGUAUUUUUUUAUUUUUGAUAAUAAAAGAUGGCUUUUUUUUAAGUAAGAGGUCUCUAGCUUUUAUGGUUCCAGAAUUCCGAGAGUUUUCAUUUUUUAGCAUCCAGUGGCUACUUCUCCCUUGAAAAUGCACCUUUUCACCCAAAACUCGGGAUAAUGACAGGUGACCCCUGAAUUCUCAGCAUAACAUCAAAGCAAAUCGGAACAAAGAAAUAUUUUUU